AUGAAUACAAGUCAGCGUUUCAGUGAUUUAUUAUGGAUGCCGCACAGCCAGCAUAAAAUAUCCAAAUCUUGGGAAAAUCCUAACAUUUGCUUGAAUGUUUGGUGUCAUCGUGUUGGCAUUCCAGUGGAUCCUCUUUGUAGCGCAGCCUUAGAGAACCUUGGUUUUUAUCAAAUUGCAAAAAUGACGAAAAUCAAUGUCGACAAAUAUUUGAUAUCAGCAUUGGUCGAGCGUUGGCGGCCUGAGAAAAAUAGUUUUCAUUUACCUGUAGGAGAAAUGACCGUUACACUACAAGACGUGAGUUGUUUGUGGGGGUUGCCUAUCCAUGAUAAACCACUUAUUGGCAAAGCUGAUGCUGCAUGGUCUGGAUGA